GUCAUUCUCCCCUCGGUGCAACCAACUUACCACAAACUGCACUGCACUGCACCGAGUCGUCCAUUCCAAGGAUCUCUCCGUGCAACAGCUCGUGUGCAUCAAUCUCUCUCUCGCUGCCAGGGUGUCAUUCCUGCGCAAUAUCCUUGGGUCCUCGAGUGCCACUGACCCCAGGCAGCCAUGGAACCCUCUUUCAAGCCUGUCCACAUCUCAUUCCCCAUGCCCAGGCACCCUCAUCUCAACUUCCAUGCCCACCUGAGUUUCAUGGGAAAUUGCACCAUGGCUCAUUUGACCACCACCAACAUCGCUGAAGAUGAGAGCACUGUACCGCCAAUGGGAAGUUUGGUCUACGCAAUGCCUGAUAUGAGAAACGACCGGAAUGUGAUCAGCACUCCUCUCGCAACCUCGGGCUCCAACAUUGACUACGCCACUCGAAUGGCUAAGGUUCUUGCGCGGAAGAUGAAACACCCAGUGUACGUGGGCUGCAGCAUGGAUUUUACUGGCAUGACAGCCGAAGAGGAAAUGGAAGGCUUCGCCGCCGCCGUCGAUCAGAUAAUGGAGAGGUGGGACUCAAAAUCGUGAAUCCGCCGUGGUCCCCUCAUCUCCUGUUGGGUCAAUGUUCUAGAAAGCUGUCAAAAGAGGUCCCCGAUAUACAAGGAUCGGUAUCCUGCGCCCCUACGUCUCAUUGGGUCGGGGACCAGACUUGCGCAAACAAAUCGGUACUAUUCCUUCCCGCUGCUGGAAUUCGGCACCUUAGAGCCUCAUCGACCAUCCUGCACCAGCGCAAGAACCUGGAACCCGUCACUAAAUGCCUCCUGAUACCCCAAGAUCGUCGCUUAGGCCCCUCGGAACCUCUGUUGGGUGAGAGAAACACCUCGAGAUCGAUCACCGUCCUUCGCCAAUUUUCGGCAGGGUUACCGGUUGCGAGGAAACCCCGGUGGGCGAUUGGCACUGGAGGCCAUCUCCCUGGUUAAAGUUGCUGAUCGAAGCUUGGCCCUGCCAGAGAGCAAUCCCCCUAGGAACUGGACGCGGAUCACACCUGAUGACACCACCCAGAACCCUGGAAAUUGACGGUCCUCAACGUCAGUAGAAACUAAAUUGGCAAUCAUCAAACAAAAGGUCAUAGUUUAACCCUCCCCACGGAGCUUACACGUCAACUGCCCAUUGUGACCUCUUUUCAGAGAAGUCUGGCUGGAGGGUGAGGAGGCCUGCAGCGACGCUUCUCCUCCUUGUGCAGGGGCUUGUCUCAAUAAUGGUUCUAUGCACUAUCUUAACUUUCGGCGAGUGGCCGCGUUGACGUCUCGAAGGGAUUGACCACUUCGACACGUCUUCACCUCCUCAACUCUCCACACAUCUCAUCAUGCCGAUCGUUUCCUCAUACUCGAACAAGCUCAAGAACGAGUGUUUCAGUGCGCCCGACACAAUGUAAACAAACUUACUGCAUCAUCGGCCCAAUUCUCUGCGACCUCCACACACUUCUAGAAGGCACCUCGAAGUAAUACUCCGUAUUAACUUCUCGAAAACGCCCAAGCAUGGGUUUAUCUAGUCCGACACAUUAUCGAACCCACUAACUCGCUUUAAUUGAGUCAUCCAUUACUUGGGUCAGAUGACAGGGGAGGAGACAAUCACCGCCUCCUUUGCUGCAGCUUGUCGAUCCCUCACUUCAGUUCUCCAAUCCUCGGCGUAAUGGGUUCUGCCCUAGGUAUUAGUCGGUAUAUGUCAGAUGCCACCAGAGGGCCUACUCGGAACACAGAUCCAAUAACCACUACGUGCAGGAACCAAUAAACCCGCUGCGGACAAUUGUCCUGACCAGGAAUGGAACAGCAUAGGGAAUAGAUCGGGCGAUGUGGUAAAAUUAAGAACUUUUCCCUAAACCUUUU